GUGGAUCCAGUUAGAUCCGAUACUGCAGAAAACAAGUCAAUGGAAUGCUAGCGAAGAACCAUUUAGCUGCUAGUGUUCAGUAGGAAGUUAAGAGUGGCAGUUGCCAAUUCAAAAUGAGAAGGGAUGUUGGAGGCUUGAUUUUCUAGCAUUAAACGGACUUGAUAUAAGUAUCUAGUUAUAGAUGAGACCACCUUGUUGAGUUCUGCAAAUUAUAUGUUUGUCUCUGGAUUCAAGUUCCCAAGCUCGAGGGAGUUUUUGCAACAAUGGAACAUGGUAGCAACACAAUAGACAUGUGACAGACAUGUUCCUGGUUUUCUUUUUUUUUAACAAAAUUCUGAGCUCCUUUUGUAUGUUGUUAUCACGUCUAUAAAUUUCUCAAGUGAGAGCGACUCCUCACAACCUUUUCUUUUCACUCCAAUUACUGUAAUUAAAUUCUUCACCAGUAAAUCUGGACUUGCAGGGUUUUUUUUUUUUUUUCAUUCAAAACCCGAAAAUUAAUAAGGCCUGGGUGUUUUUCGUUCUUUGGAUUUCUCAUUUCUCCUCGACAUCCGAGUAUCAGUCAUUAUUUUCCUGAAGGGGGAAAAAAGAGAGAAUCUGCCAUAUCUCAGCGCUAAAACAGAAAAAUAAUCAUCACAGCUGUGGAUCCAAGUAGAGUUUUUGGGGAAAACGAACUCAGAAUCAACAUAUAUCACAAAUAAUUCGAAAUUUGUUCAUUGAAUGACAAAAAUAGAUAGACUUGAAAGAGGCCAACCCUUUGUUCUUUUGGCAUUUUUCCACCCUUAUCCAUAGAUAAAUACACAAAUCACUUUAGUUUUUUUUUUUUUUUUUUGUGGCUUACCUUAAAUCUUUUGAUAAGCCUCUCAAACUUGUAAUUCCAGCCUGUCUUUCUUUCCUUUCCUUGAACUUUCUCUAUCAAAAUUCCAAAAAACCAGUCUUUUGUCUUUCCUUUCUCAUGAAACUUCCUAAGCUUCACCAACACAAAACAUGCUCUGCACUUUGAUUUGCGGUUACCCUUUUCACAGUUCAACAACCAUGAAGGUGAUGCAGAGAUUUUCACUGAAAGCAAAGUGUUGUUUUAAGCUAUAGUCCUCAAGAGACAUUCAUGGACUCCAACUCAGAUUUCGAUGAUGUCUUCGGUGGUCCACCAAGGAGGUCAUCAGUUCAAGAGACACGAUACAGUUUUUGUGAAAACAUGGAAUCAUCAUCUGGUUUUAGGACAAGUGAUGAAACAGUGGUGGCACCAAGGGAUUCAUGGUCUGGUUUAAGCGAAAAGCCGGUGUUUGGUGAAGAAGGGAUGAUGGUGAAUCGAAGAAGAUACUCCAAAAACGACUUCUUUGGUGAUAUUUUUGGAGGGAGUCAAUCUUUGACUUCUUCUCCAAGAAAGUAUGAGAUGAAGGACCCUUUUGCACCUGUUUCACAGUUAUUGAGUCCUUGUAGGCCUUUGCCACCAAAGGCUGAACCUUUUGCCACUUCAGCUCCUUCUCAAUUCAGCCUUCCUGCUAAAUUGAACAAAGGAACGGACCUCGGCGAUCCCGUAUCUAAAAGCAAGGAAUGGUCUUUGGAUGGUUCAAGUAACUAUGCAUAUUCUCCUAUGUCAAGAUUCUCAGGCCAAGCAAAUCGAGAUAAAGAUCAGGAAAUGAGAAGUAAUUUUCAAGGAAAUUCGAAGGAAGAUUCAAUCAGUUCCGGAAUUCCGGGAAAUGACAACCAGUUUCACUUCUCGAUAUACAAAUGGGCAAACAAAGGAGGCUUACCAUUUCCCAUACCUCUAAGAGGAAAUUAUAGACUAAAAGAAAAGGAUAAACUGCAGAGAUGCUCAAGUGCUAACGGUUGGAUAGCUUGUGAAAGUAUAGCAAUGGAACCAAAAGCAAACUUGCAUAAUAAUUUCAACUCAACUGAUAAAUUGUCAUCACAUGACAUGAAUGAACAUGGAUCUCCUAAUGAUAUGAGGAACAAAGACGAUGAACCUGUUCAAAUUAUCGAGGAAGAAACAUAUAAGCCUCCACGGAAGCCGCAGAAUUUGUUUUUCGACAAUGAAGAUGUCAAUGAACAAGGCCAUGAUGAGAUAAUAAAAAAUGCUGAAACAUCUGAAACGCAAGAGAAGAAGUUGUCUGAAAAUCUUGAUGGUAAAAGCGUUAAGAAACAGGAUAAGAACAAAACGGCUACUUCCAACAAUGUGGGAACCAGUACAAUGAAUGUUAAAAGUUCUCCUAGGAACUCUUGGGAUAAUGGAAAAGGCAGAAUUAGAGCAAAUGUCAAAGAAUUCAUUAAAAUUUUCAACCAGGAAACUUCCCCGAAACCAAGAGCCGAUAAUCAUAGCUCUAGACCGAAGCAAAGACAUAAUGUAAAGCCAGAGACGGAACCAAAUAUUAGUACGAGUGAAAAGGAUGAAAAAUUUUACAUGCCUAACUUGCAACACAAGAAAAAAUCUCCAGAUGUUCCUGUUGGCAAUCAAAUUAAUACCAAUGGCUCAUCAAAAGCUACCGUUUCUGAUGGCUCCAAGACAAUUGCUGAAGAUCCAACAGAGUCAUCUGAGAUCAACUUUUCGAUAGAAGACCUGACACCAGAAGAAGAGAAAGUUUUGCCACAACAUGGCAUUGAUUAUGAAGAAAUACAGGCCAUUGAUGCUAAAAUACGGCAAUGGUCAAAUGGGAAACAAGGAAAUAUCCGUUCACUGCUGUCAACCUUACAAUACGUACUUUGGGCUGAUAGUGGUUGGAAACCAGUGCCUCUUUCUGAUAUAAUUGAAGGAAGAACAGUUAAGAAAUCAUACCAAAAAGCUCUACUCUGUCUUCAUCCAGAUAAACUACAACAGAAGGGUGCUGCCCCUUAUAAAAAGUACACUGCAGAGAAAGUCUUCGAUAUUCUGCAGGAUGCAUGGGAUCAGUUCAACACGCUCGGUUCGAUCUGAUUUACUAUUUGUUCGAUCGCCAUAUUUCAUCUAUUCACAACAAAAAGGAAAACAAAAAUGCAGAGAUUUGAAGGAGAAUGCACAGGAUUAUUUCAUCUUCAGAGAUUUUUUACAAAAAUUGAACAAGGUUAUACAAAAACUGCUUUAUUAUUUGUAUUGGCCAAACUGUGUCCUACAGUUCUUUUCAUUUCUGAAUAUGAAUAUCAUGUUGCAUGCUCAUUAUGGAAUA